UGUGUAGGCAGAUGUGAUGUGUGUGUGUGUGUGCAUCUUGUAUGAUAGCAUAGCGUGAGGCUUUCGGUGAGGAACCCUACUUCUAGAGAUGGAGGAUAUAGUGCUGUCGUUCUUUUCUUCCCUUCCUCAGAGAAGAGAUGAUUUACUUGGUUAAGCUGUGACCUCAUCAUGCUGUGUGUAUAUGAUAGCCACCCCCUUCUCCCUCUCUCUCCCCCUCCCUUUGGUGAGGGGAUGGGGCUGCCUAGUCCAACAUUAUGGGAUGGGCAUUUCUGUUUCGGUUCCUCUGUGUGCGUGUGCAGUGAGGACGCGGAGCGAGUGAGCGAGACCAAGAAGACAAGCGAGGGAGGGAGGGAACGUGUGUCAUGUAUGUGCUUUAACUGAGCUAACAGGGAGCAGCAGGAGGAACAUCAGCUGAAACAGAGAGAGAUACAUAGAGAGAGAGAGAGAUACAUAUAGAGAGAGAGAGAGAGACAGAGAGAGAGAGAGAGAGAGAGAGAGAGAGAGAGAGAGAGAGAGAGAGAGAGAGAGAGACAUAGAGAUAGACCGAGGGAGAGAGAGAGAGCCAUAGAGAGAAAGAGAGAGAGAGAGAGAGAGACAUAGAGAAAGAGAGAGAGAGAGAGACAUAGAGAGAGAGAGAGAGACAUAGAGAGAGAGAGAGAGAGAGAGAGAGAGAGAGAGGAGAGGGAGUGGGAGAGAGAGAGAGCCACAGAGAGAAAGAGAGAGAGAGAGAGAGACAGAGAGAAGAGGGGCAUAGAGAGAGAGAGUUGGAGGGAGGAGGAAAAUAAGCCCAGGCACAGGGAGACAAAAGCUGCAGAGAGAGAGAAGACUAUUACCUUCUUGCCCUCCACUAAAAGAACAACGGAGGAGGAGGAGGAAGAAGACAAAAGGAGGAGGGAGGCGUACAGUACUGAACAUACUGGAACCGAAUUCAUAGGCUCCUUUUUCAUUACCCUCCUCCAUGUUUUAGGGGGAUUCUACACUAGUGCAUUUGACUGCUGCCUUCUUCUUCAUCUCUAAAAAGAAAGAAAAAGAGGAAGAAAGAAAGAGGAGGAUGUCGGGGAAGAAAGAGUUUGACGUGAAACAGAUUCUCAGGCUGCGUUGGCGCUGGUUUAGUCAUUCAUCCCAGAGUUCUGCCGGUGGUGGAGGAGGAGGAGGAGGAGGUGGAGGAGGAGGUGGAGGAGGAGGAGGAGGAGUAGGAUACCUCCAGGGCAGCUUUGAUCACAGAGGGACCCCAGUCCAGGGCAGGCUGAAGAGUCACUCCCGGGACAGAGGUGGCAGCGGAGGGGGACUCUGGAAGCAGAACAGCAACAGUCCGGUCCAUAGUAUCCUGGCCCCCACGCCUGUCUAUGUCAGAGCCAGUAAUCAAUCAUGGCACCAGCAGAACAUUAUUCAGCACCUGCAGCAGCAGGGUGGCCACGAGCUGCCUAAGAACAGCAGCUCACCUAACAACACCAGGAAGGAGGACUGCUCCAAGAGCAGCCGGGAGAAUGUGAAGAGUGUAGAGGAGUCCUCGGAGACGGAAGCAAGACACAGGAUGUGCUCCAACGGCUCAGAUGAGUUCUUCCAGGCUACAAACCAUGCGGAACAGACCUUUCGCAAGAUGGAGACUUAUUUUCAGCACAAGCAGCUGUGUGAUGUUGUCUUGAUAGCAGGAGAUCAUAAGAUCCCGGCUCACAGAUUGGUCCUCAGUGCAGUAUCUGACUACUUUGCUGCCAUGUUCACCAGCGAUGUGAGAGAGGCCAAACAGGAGGAGAUCAAGAUGGAGGGGGUGGAUCCAGAAGCUUUGAGAUCUCUGGUCCACUUUGCCUACACUGGUGUCCUUGAAUUGAAGGAGGAGACCAUAGAGAGUUUAUUGUCUGCAGCCUGCCUUCUGCAGCUCUCACAAGUCAUCGAGGUCUGCUGUAACUUCCUCAUGAAACAACUCCACCCAUCUAACUGCCUGGGGAUACGCUCCUUCGCUGACGCCCAGGGAUGCAUGGAUCUGCUCAACGUGGCCCACAACUACACUAUGGAGCACUUCAUAGAGGUGAUUCAGAACCAGGAGUUUCUCCUGCUUCCUACUGCUGAGAUCGUCAAACUCUUGGCCAGUGACGACAUAAACGUACCAGAUGAGGAGACCAUCUUCCAGGCUCUGAUGACGUGGGUGCGGUUCGACGUUGAGCAUCGCCAGCAGGACCUUGGGGUUCUCCUGGCCUACAUCCGCCUGCCUCUUCUACCUCCACAGCUCCUAGCUGACCUGGAGAACAACACCAUGUUCUCAGAUGACCUGGAAUGCCAGAAGCUUCUAAUGGAAGCCAUGAAGUACCAUCUGCUGCCAGAGCGUCGCCUCAUGUUCCAGAGCCCCAGGACCAAACCCAGGAAGUCCACUGUAGGAGUACUCUACGCUGUGGGAGGCAUGGACGCUACCAAGGGAUCUACGACCAUAGAGAAGUAUGACCUGCGGACAAACACGUGGAUCCAGGUGGGGGUGAUGAACGGCCGGAGGCUGCAGUUCGGGGUGGCAGUGAUCGAUGACAAGCUGUACGUGGUGGGGGGCCGAGACGGGUUGAAGACCUCCAACAUGGUGGAGUGUUACAACCCUUUCAACAAUGUCUGGUCCACUAUGCCUCCCAUGUCUACACACAGACACGGACUCGGUAUAACAGUGUUGGAGGGCCCCAUGUAUGCAGUAGGCGGCCAUGAUGGAUGGAGUUACCUGAAUACGGUGGAGAGGUGGGACCCCCAGGCUAAACAGUGGAACUACGUGGCCAGCAUGUCCACCCCACGCAGCACCAUGGGAGUCACUGCACUCAACGGGAAAUUGUUUGCAGUUGGCGGUCGGGAUGGGAGCUCGUGUCUGCGGUCGAUGGAAUGCUUUGAUCCACACACCAACAAGUGGAGUAUGUGUGCCCCCAUGGCGAAGCGGAGAGGAGGGGUGGGUGUGGCCACGUACAACAGUUUCCUUUAUGCUGUGGGUGGUCAUGAUGCCCCGGCGUCCAACCACUGCUCCAGGCUUUCAGACUGUGUAGAGAGGUAUGAUCCCAAAACAGACACAUGGACCACGGUGUCCUCUCUGAGUGUCCCCAGGGACGCUGUAGGUAUCUGUCUGCUAGGAGACAGGCUAUAUGCUGUCGGAGGAUACGAUGGAACGUCCUACCUGAACACUGUUGAGUCCUAUGAUGCACAGAACAAUGAAUGGACUGAGGAGGUCAAUCUCAACAUCGGAAGGGCCGGAGCCUGUGUUGUAGUUGUGAGAAUACCUUGAGGACUACAACUCCCUACAACGCCCUGGAACGACACACAGGAAACCGGAUAUGAUGUCACCACUGAUGUCGCUAAGAAUAUGUUUUUUUUUCUACUGUAAAGGCAAACCUAUAUUGCAUUCCUCACAAACCAUUGCUUCUAUCAACAGUGAUUUUCAUUGUCCAAGGAUUUUCUCUUUGAUUAUGAGAAUGUACUUUACCAUUUCUACGGAUCAACAAUCUGCAUAGUAGUGGUUCAAAAAGUAGGAAACUCUGAUAUGGUCUGUCAGAAAAUAAUGUUUUCUAUAUGAUACAAAGAAAGAAAUGACAUUUAACCCAUAAGAGUGGAAACCCUGUCUAAGCCAGGGGAGGGGGAUUUUACGACCCAUUUGGCCUGCUGUUAACCAAUACAAACGCAUUGAAUAACAGAUUCACCACAUGGAACAACAGACAGGAUAGUCCCAAAACAACAUCUAAAGGAAGUUUGUUUUGAAGUGUCUGUCCUGUAUCUGAGAGAUAUAAGAAAGAUCAGGAUUUUUUUUUAUUUUUUACAUUUAUUUAACUCCCUCCUUUUGUUGUUGUAGCUAUUUGAUUUUAAGUGUUGAGACCCCUUGAAGUAUCAAAAAAUGAUAAAAAAAAUGGAUUAACAUUUUUUAUUUGGCCUUACUGCUAUUAGCCAAAACAAACAUUGAAAAACAGAUUCACUACAUAGAACAAGAGAUAGUCCCCCCCCCAAAAAAAAAAAAUCUAAAGGAAGUUUGUUCUGAAGUGUCUUUCCUAUAUCUUAGAGGUAUAAGAAAGACCAGGAAACAUUUGUUAUUUUUUUGAGGGGGGACUUGCAUUUAACCCCUUAUUUUUGGCACUGAACAGUCUCUAUAUACACUAGUAUACUAGUAUAUAUCUAGUAUAUAUAUAUAUAUAUAGUAUAUAUCUAGUAUACUUCCAUACAUUUUAUUCUACUGAUACUGGGGGACUUUCAGACGAGUCUUGCGAGACAUUUACCUGGUAAUGAGAGUCUCACCUUUACACAGAUGGGUCAUAUUAGUGUGUAGCCCAAACUGUUCGAACGCUACAGACAGCAGUUGGCAGAUCGGCUGUACCGAGUUCAGAGAAGUCCUAAGAAACUUGCGCGGGUUUGUAGAGCCAAAUGAAGAACACCAUCAUGUGUGUGAGAGUCUCAUCCUUACAUAGAGGGGUCAUAAUAGUUUGGACGUUGCAUGAGAUUUUGUGAAGAAAAAACGAAUUGUUUUUUUGUUUUGUUUUGGGGGUCGGGGUCUCAUGGUCUGACAAGCAUCAGUCUAGCUCUGUCGAAAUAGGAGGAUAUGGUGGAUUGAGAUACAUGCAAUGCAACAAAAACACACAAAAAACAGAUAUCCCUAGCUUAAACUGAGCGAUUUUGAUUGGAGGUUUUUGUAUUAUGCUAAUUAGAUAUUCGACAGGUGCACAGACAUGGACCUUAGAGGUUGAAUUGAUACUUUUACAUUUAUACAGUAGCAUUCUAUAUUUGUCUCAUCACAUAUGAAUAUUUUUUUGAUUCAUAUACUAAAAUAUAUAUCUCUCUUUUAGCCAACUGGAAAUGAAUACCUCUCUGUUGUUAACUGGUUCAUUUCCUAUCUGGGUGAAGGUGCUCUGUACCAAUGAUUUCUACUCUUGGACAAACAGUUUUUUAAGAAAGACCACUGUGAAUAAUACUGAAGAUGAUGAGUUUGUUGAGUACAACACCGGGAUGCUUCGUCAGACCAAUUUGAGGAAGUUACUCAUAAUAGAUAUCGUUUUUUUAGAAAGGAAAGAAAUCUAAAGGACAUUUUACUAAAUGUUUUUUCUCUUCUUUUUUUCUCUUGGAAGCUUUUAGAUGAAUUACACCAAAGUCAUUAGCCCGUCUCACAAAAUGUUUUGUACCAUGUUUUAAAAAUUAAGUUUACACAAUCGUGAAUUAUAUAAAUAUAUCAUAUUGAUAUUUCGCAUUACUGUAAAGAUUGUUUACAAGUUUGUCUAAAUUGCAGUCAUCUUUAUAACCUCACAUCAUUCCUAAACCAUUAUUGUCAUCUCCAGAUGUUGGUUUUAUUAUUUUGGCAUUCUAGUUAACAUUACAUUGUAAUUAAACAAUAUGCCCUUCAUGUUUGCUACUGGCUUAUAAAUAUACCGUGGGCUGGUUUCCCAGACACAGAUUAAGUCUAGUCUUGUACUAAGAUACACUUUCAAUGGAGAAUCUCCAUGAAUCAUAUUUGUUUUUGUUUCAGGACUAGACCUCGGCUUUUAUCUGUGUCUGGGAAUCCGGCCCUGUAUGACAUUGAGAACAUUACUGAAGCUUUGAGUUACUAUGUUAUCACCAUGUGUACAGACUCGUUCACAACAAGGCCUGUUGAGUUCAUCUGUAACAACAGGACUUCAUUCUGUUGACACUGAGGAUCAUUCAGGAAUAUUACAAAUAUAUUGACAUGCUCUGAGGCCAAAUGUAGAUUUUUAUCCUGAUUUUUUACACUGCGUACAGAUCUAGAAAUAAAACGACUUCAUUGUC